AUGUCACGAAAAGGCCCAUCGACAAUCGGCGUAGCCACCUUCGACACCGAAAAACUCCUCACAGACCCAGAAAUCCAUCAGAAAGCCCGAGACGCCCUCAGCCGUGACGACCUCCAAUCCGCCAUCAAAAUAGCCUUUUCUCUCUCGGACAAGGACAAAUACACGUACCACGCCUCAUCAAGUAUAACUCUCGAACAAGCACAGCAAGCAGUCAAUGCCGGCGGCAUAAACGGUCUAUGUGCCUGGUACCCCAGCGCCGAGGUCUUCCAAAACGACGAAGAUGGCUCCGAGAGGCGUAAACUCGAGUACCCGUCGCCAGCGGAAGUGCAGAACUACAUAUCCCUCUUUGACCCGUCGAAGUCUGGCGCGAAUUUGCUGAAGGGUUUCAAGGCGAACGCCAAGAAGAAUAGUUUACAGUCCGGGGUUGCUGAGAAUUUACUCGCGAAACGAUAUGUCAGCCCAGAAGCCGGGAUUGUGGUACCGAAGGCGAAGAAGGGGCAUGCGAAUGUGUAUGCUGAUUUUUGGGCGUGGAGCUGUAUGUGUUUGAGGUGGGGUGGACCGAAUGUGAUGAGUGCGCAGACGUCGAUUAGUCAUGCUUGCUUGAUUAUUUUCAUGCAUCAUUUUGGGUGUGUUUGUCCGAGUUAUGAGAGUCUCGAGAUUGUCAGGGCCGUGAGUAGAGGGAGAACUGUGCUUGAUGUGGGAAGUGGGAAUGGAUAUUGGACGUUUAUGCUGAGACGUCAUGGUGUUGAUGUUGUUGCGGUUGAUAAUGGGCAGAGUACAUGGCGAACGCUGUGGAUUGAAGACACGAUAAAUGAGGAUGGUACGCGGUAUAUCAAGCAGAAACGUAAAGGUGGGAAGGACGACGUGUUACUGAUGGUUUAUCCUGUUGUGGGACUUGAAUUUACAGUCAGUGUGUUGGAUGCGUAUAAAGGGGACAUUGUGUGUGUGGUGGGUACACAGAAUGGGAAUGGGUAUACAGGCUUCCGAGACGAGAUGAUCGAUUCUUGGAUGGCCAGAGAGCGAAAGGACUUUGAGAGAGUCGUACAGGUGCCAUUACCUAGCUUUGCUGGAAAAGAUGAUGCGCUGUUUGUAUUCAGACGGAAACAGCCCAAGGAAGGAGUUGUGAGCAAUACGUAG